UGACGGACAUUCGCUCUCAAGUGAUGCUGUUGACUGAGUACUUGGAUAUGAAAAAUACUCGUACGGCCUCUGAACCAUCAGCUCAACUAAGUUAUGCCAGCACUGGACGAGAUUUUGCAGCCUUCUUUGCCAAGAAGAAACCUCAAAGGCCAAAAAAUUCUCUUUUUAAGUUUGAGUCCUCCUCCCAUGCCAUCAGUAUGAGUGCCUAUUUGCGAGAGCAGAGGCGGGAGCUGUACAGUCGCAGUGGAGAACUUCAAGGUUUAACUCCUGAACCACAGAAGCUGCCUUCCGUAUUGUAUGGAAACUGA